AUGACAAGUUCCUCCAUACCUCACGUCUCAUGUAACCACAUUGGCCCGGACUUUGACUGGUGGCGCUGCAACGAGGAGGGCUACGUGGGGCGCCCACCCUCACCCUUCCCGGCGUCCUUUGAGCACGCACGACGUUUCAGAGAGGACAGCGCCGACGCCAGGUACGGCCAACGGGGCGGGCUGACCUCGGAGACCAACGGAUGUCGUGACAACUGCAGCGGAGACGCCGACCUGGACGAGGCUACACGUCGUAAGUCUCUGUGCUGUUGAGUGGGUUGUUGAGUGUGUUGUUGAGUGUGUUGUUGAGUGGGUUGUUAAGUGUGCUGUUGAAUGUGUUGUUAAGUGUACUGUUGAGUGUGUUGUUGAGUGUGUUGUUAAGUGUACUGUUGAGUGUGUUGUUGAGUGUGUUGUUGAGUGUGUUGUUGAGUGUGUUGUUCAGUGUGUUGCACGAGACACUCAGUGUCAGCCUUAGUUGUAUCUUAAACCCACAUCAAAAGUAGCGAGUCAUCAUUCCACAGACGAGCAUUAGUCUGUAUCUAUCUGCAUCGAUUGCAUUGUACACUUGAAGUUAAGCUUUCAUGUACACUAAGAAGAAUCUUUAAAUAGCAUUGUUGCUUAAAGGAUUUUAAAAAUCAAAAUUUGACUGAUUUAAAUUACAAGUAUUGCAAACAAGAUUUUUUUUAAAGGGGUGUAAUACGUAAGCAUAAUAAAUAAUCACUUUUUCCAGUUUACUUCCCCUUAGUUAACUUUUCUAUAGUUACUUGUUUAAAAAUUUCGAUUGUCUUACUAAUAGACAUUAUUCUGAAGGUUUAAUAUCCCAGUCUUUAAUGAAACCUUGAAUAUAAGUGUGCACUGGGGGUAAUAAAACAUAUCUAUCUGAUUUUGUUAAAUAAAUGCAUCCACCUUCUAGUUAGCACAUAGCUGUAUGAUUGAAGGAAUCAGGUUGUUAGGCCACAGGUGUAAUGAGGGACACAAAACCAACAUUGUGAUGUGUGAUACUUGUAUGAUGUGUGAUAUUUUUGUGGUGUGUGACAUUUGUGUGAUGUGAGAUACUAGUGUUAUAUGGGAUGCUUGUGUGAUGUGUGAUACUUGUGUGAUGUGUAAUACUUGUGUGAUGUGUGAUACUUGUGUGAUGUGUGAUACUUGUGUGGUGUGUGAUACUUGUGUGAUAUUUGUGUGAUGUGUGAUACUUGUGUGAUGUGUGAUACUCGUAUGAUGUGUGAUACUUGUGUGAUGUGUGAUACUUGUGUGAUGUGUGAUACUCGUAUGAUGUGUGAUACUUGUGUGAUGUGUGAUACUUGUGUGGUGUGUGAUACUUGUGUGAUGUGUGAUAUUUGUGUGAUGUGUGAUACUUGUGUGAUGUGUGAUACUCGUAUGAUGUGUGAUACGUGUGUGAUGUGUGAUACUUGUGUGGUGUGUGAUACUUGUGUGAUGUGUGAUAUUUGUGUGAUACUUGUGUGAUGUGUGAUACUCGUAUGAUGUGUGAUACGUUUGUGAUGUGUGAUACGCGUUUGACGUGCGAUGUUGUUGUGAUGUGCGGCAUUUGUGUGAUGUGUGAUGCUUGUAUGAUUUGGGACACUUGUGUUGUAUGGGAUACUUGUUUGAGGUGGGAUACUUGUGUUUUUGGGAUACUUUUGUGAUGUUUGAUACUUGUGUGAUGUGUGAUGCGUGUGUGACAUGGGAGUGGGAUAUUUGUGUGAUUUGCGAUACUUGUGCGAUGUGUGACACUUGUUUUAUGUGUGUAAUUGGGUGAUGUGGGAUACUUGUGUACUGUGUGAUACCUGUGUUAUUUGAAUACUUGUGUGAUUUAUGAUACGUGUGUGAUUUGGGAGUGGGAUACCUGUGUAAUGUUUAAUACUUGUGUUAUGUGUGAUACUUUUGUGAAGUGGUAUACUUGUGUACCGUGUGAAACCUGUGUUGUUUGUGAUUUGGGAUUGGGAUACUUGUGUAAUGUGGGAUACACGUGUUAUUUGGUAUACUUCCGUGCGUGAUUUGGGAAUGGGAUACUCGUAUAAUGUGUGAUGCUUGUGUUAUAAGGGACACUUAUUUUUAUGCCGGUGUAGACCCUUGGUGACGUUAACACACGAGUGCUUUAGUCAGUUUAAAUCUUUAAGAUGUUGUGCUCGCACAUGUGUGAUCUGUGUUGUGUGGUGUUAAGCUCUCAGAAAUUGUGCCAACCUUUCCCUCUUAAUUAAAGCCUCGGGCGAUGUCGGAUAUGAUAAGGUGUUUUCCCAACGUUCACGGGUGAAAGGUAUUUUUGUAGAUAACUGUCAGAGUUUAUAAAUAUUUUGUUUUGCGUUAGAUUGUCUCCCUUGAAGUUGGAGUGGGCUGUUAUUGGGGGGUUUAAACAGCCUGUAUCUCGAAAUAAGCUACUUUUAACCCACAAGAGUACUACAUUCAUCUACCAGCAUCAUCUGCUACACAUACUUUACAUUCUUUUUCUCCCAGGUCUGUACUGGCCCCUGUGCCAAGGACCCGAGAUUGUGGUGUCUGCUGCAGAGGAAAAUGAUGACCUUGGACUGACACCCAGGGGAAACGGGGGAGCCAAGAAAACACCAAGGCUCCCCCACAAACGCCCCGCCUGGGUGCCGGCCAAGAUGCCCAAUAAGUGGGGGGUGGCUGGACAUCCUCCACCGUACACGAACUACUGCAAGGAGACGCUCUUCAACACCCGGACUGCUGACCCCGCAAAGGUCACCAUCAGAACGACCUUUUAA